AUGCAAUGCAAUUGGUCACAAAAAAUAGAAGAAAACCAGGAAGAAACGAAACUAGCAAUGGAUGAAACAAAACAAAUCAUAAUAGAAAAUCAACGUGAAACAAAACAAACCAUGGAAAAAAAUCAAAAAGGGAAACAAAUAAGCCUUAGAAGAAAACAACAGAAAUAUAGAGAGUAUCAAGAAGGAAAUGGUACAGAAAUCGAGGAGAUUGUAGAAAAAAGCGAGAAACAAGAAAUAGAGAUUAAAGAAAUCAAAAUUCAAAUUAAGGAAAUCAAUAAUAUGUCUAGCAAAAAGAAAAAGUCUAAAAUAAUUAGAAAUAAAAUGUGA